AUGGCUGAUCAAAUUCUCGACCAGGUGCGCGACCUGGCCGAGGGUCAGAUUGACUUUGAGGGCCAAAAGCUGGCCGACCUCUUGGCGACCCUCGUCCUCUCAGCAUCCGGGGCACUCGCCUUCCUCGUCGGCUUUUUCCUUCAAGAUAUCAAGUUGGCAGUUUACAUAGGUCUCGCUGGCACCGCCCUUACAUUUCUCCUCGUUGUGCCUCCUUGGCCAUUCUAUAAACGACACCCGGUGAAGUGGUUGGAAUCUAAUGGCACGGGUAUACGCAAUGUGGCUACAAUAGAGAAAUCGGGCUAA